ACGAGUUUAAUUAUUUUUAAAUUGGGUGAGCUUAGUUAGAAAAUAAGUGAUUUAAAUUUCCAAUAUUUAACAUGAUAAUAGUGAAUGUUAUAAGUGUAUAAACACGUCAAACGCUAAGUGUUUUAAGUGCACAUAUCCGAGUGAUCAAUAAAAUCACAGUUUGCAGUAAUAAUUUCUUUCAGAAGUGGCAAGGUUGAAAAAUCUGUGCAAUGUCAACUUUGGUUGUGAGUCUAACGGUGUUAAUCGUAGUGUAAAUACCGCGCAGCCAGUGCUCUGAGUGUGUGUUGAGUGUUAUCACGGUAGGCUGCGAAAGGCCUCGCUGUAAGAACAAAGGACCUACCUGUUAUCAACAACGAUCCAGCUCUCCGCCGUGACCUCUUAUCUCAACAUGGAUUCAAGUACAACCAGUUCUUCUCAGGACGACGACGCGGACUGGCCGAGAAGCAUUUUAUUCGAAGAGUACUUCAGUCAAAAUGGCACAAACACUACACUGGAAACGUUGUACGACGUGCCAACUGGCAUGAUCGUGCUCCUUUCGUUCCUGUACGGCACGAUAUCGGUGCUCGCUGUCGUGGGCAACUUCCUGGUGAUGUGGGUGGUCGCCACCUCGAGACGGAUGCAGAGCGUCACCAACUGCUACAUAGCGAACUUGGCGCUGGCUGACAUCGUUAUUGGACUCUUUGCUGUACCGUUUCAGUUCCAAGCUGCGCUACUGCAGCGAUGGCUGCUACCACACUUCAUGUGCCCGUUCUGCCCGUUCGUGCAGGCACUGAACGUCAACGUCAGCGUGUUCACGCUCACAGCCAUUGCCAUUGAUCGGCAUCGCGCCAUCAUCACACCACUGAGCGCCCACACUUCCAAAAGAAUAGCAAAAGUUAUAAUAGUUUUCAUAUGGGUGUUGGCAUUCCUGCUAGCGGCUCCCAUGGCCAUGUCGUGGGAGGUGACCAUGGUACCAGAACUGGAUCCAGUUACCAAGCUGCUGUACAAGAAACCAUUUUGUGCUCCUAGUGAAUUUGGAUUACAUUCCUUGGCAAUUUAUCGACUGAUACUAUACAUUUGUCAGUACAUCAUCCCUCUGUGCGUAAUAACGUUCGCAUACGCACACAUGUCCUUGAAGCUGUGGGGCGCACGAGCGCCAGGGAAUGCGCUGGAAAUACGGGACGCGAAUCACAUGAAAAACAAAAAAAAGGUUAUAAAAAUGCUGGUGUUGGUCGUGGCGCUGUUUGCGCUCUGCUGGCUUCCUUUACAGAGCUAUUUAUUGCUUCAAUCGUUUUUCCCUUCAAUAAACGAAUACAGAUACAUAAACGUAUUAUUCUUCUGUUUUGACUGGCUGGCCAUGAGCAAUUCGUGCUAUAACCCCUUUAUCUACGCCAUUUACAACGAAAAGUUCAAAAAAGAGUUUAAGCAGCGAUUCACAUUUGGAAAAAAACCGAUGCGAUUUGACAGUUAUGAGGAUGGUCAGUCGUAUCGCACGCGUGUUUUAUCGUUCCGUUCGACGAAUGAACGCAGCGUUUACUCGGCAAGAAAAUCGGCCAGCUUAGCGCCCGUCGACGGCACGCGCACCUCCCGCUCCUCCUGCCACUGUAUCCGAAAUCAGGACUCGCAGAGGGAAAAUGGUUUCCGAUCAAUGAAGGACCUUGAUGCUCACAAUCUAAAUCAAACGUUCAAUGGCACUAAAAGGCGGCUUGAGAUGAAAAUAUCCAGAGACGACUUACCCGUAGGCGACGAGAGAGUCAGCGAGUUGUACAUCUUUCCCAACAGCAACAUUGUCGAGUUCACAGACAUAUCCUAUGAUGAUAAAGUGUAAAUGAACUUUCCAUAUAAUAAAUGUGAUUUUUGUCAUAAAAUAAGCAUAGUACCUAUAGUCGAUAAGAAAAUGUGAUUUGUUACACUAAUUGUAACCGACACCGAGUGUCACAAUGUAGAAAGCUACGAUAAUCUAAUCAAUAAUGUAAAUUGUGUACAGUAAACAUGUAUUUAAACUAUUCGUUAUUGUAACUGUUAGUAGGUAUUAUUUUUAAAUUAAGCUUAACAUUUAAAAUAUCGUUUGCAAAAGACUGUACAAUUCCAGAUUAUUGUAAACCGUGUAGAAAAUAAGAAUUUAGGUUAAUUUCCAUGUUAUCUGAUAAAGUCAAUCUAGGCGUAAGAACACAAGAAUAGAAUGAUGUGAAUUAUUCCGCCAUAAAUCCAACGUAACGAUGUGGAUAACCAUUAAAUCAUUCGCGCUGCAAUAGGGUAUUUCGUCUGAACUAACAUGCUACAAUACUGUCUGUAUCACAUGACUUGAUAUUGUUCAACAUAGUUCAGUUAUACACCGCCUAGUCUUUGCGAUGCUUAGAGCACAUAUACGUACCGAAAAUGUUAAUUAAGAUUUAUCAAGCUAACCUUCUAUUAGCAUUUCCAUAGAUAAGAAAAGCCUUGUAUCAAAGGCGACGUAAAAUCUCAGCAACUAAAAUCUGGCAACUUGCCACACCACUUCUAGUAUUAAGUAGCCUGUUAUUCUAUCUUAGAUAUCGCUAUCGAAUUUCGGAACUACGCUAUGGACAAUA